UCGCACUGUGCCAGUUCGUCGCAGUGUACAGCAGCAGCAGCAGCAGCGCACGUAUUUCGAAGCGCGAUCCCUUUGUUCCGUUCUCGGUGCUCGUUCGACUUCGGAUUUUUUUUUUUUUCAAUUUCACGAUCGUUGAGAGUAAAGAUUGAAGAAAAUGUUUCCCGUGGAAUUGUGGGAGCAGAUUUUGGCCAACGUCGAUGCGAAAUCGUUGAUGCGAUUGAAAACCGUCAGCAAGACAUGGAAACUGAUUAUCGCGAGACACUUGCAGACUUCGGAUGCUUGGUAUUGGCAAUGCUUAAACAGCAUUCCAAAACAUUAUUGGUACAUUCUCCUCGAGGAUUCGGUACUGUUUCCUCUCAUUUACGAUCCCGAUUACAAAGAAAAUUAUUACGAAACUCGGAAAUUCGAAUCCAAGAUAUGGAUGACGAUUUAUAAAGCUUGGAUUACGUGGGAAGACGUUGAAAAGCUCCAAGUUGACACGAUCAAAGUGUUGCCUGCCAUACCGGAGAAUCGUCCUCAAGAAAGAAUCACUAAUAUAGCUGUUCUAGGUGAACUUGUAGCUGUUGGAUCUAAUGAUGGAUUCAUUAAUGUUUACAAUAUAGAGAACGAUAGAUUGAUGCACAAAUUUGAUCAAGUUGAAGAAGUGACAGCUCUAAAGUUAACUAAAACGGGCGAACAAUUCAAUAAAACAAUAGUUCUAUCUUCAUCGUUAUCAAGAAAGAACAGAAUGUGGAUUUUCAAAGAAAAAAAACCGAUAACACGUGCAAGUGGAACUGUAAUAUGUUCUGGCUAUGGAUAUUACUGUGCUAAUACCGAAGUUCCUCAUAAGUUUCACUUGUACAAUACAAAAAAUCAAAAGCAAUGUAAUUUUUCUCUAAUGGAUGCAAGAUCUGGUCUUGGACAAACUGCUGUCAUGAACAUUUACAGACAUUUUUUGUGCUUAUGGACUGAGGAGGGUAUCUAUGUGGAAAUAGAUUUGAGAAAAAUUGGUCCAAAAAGUAAUGAACAAGUCGAACCUGAAUUUUGUAAGCGUAUUGGAACUCCAGAAGCAAGUGAAUAUGUCAGAAAUUACUACUUAUUCAAUCCACGAGUCAUACUUUGUGUCACAGAAUAUGGAAAGCUAGGUAUUUCAGUCAACAGAUCUAAAUGGAGAUUGUGCAAUCCUUUUCCACUUCUAGGUGGAGUAGUUACAGCAGUUCAUUAUCAUGUCAAAGUUUUAAUAAUAGGAUUAGAUUCAGGAAAUGUGUACUUAUAUCCAAUGGAAAAUGAAAAAUCUUUACUAACAUUUAGUUUUCGAAAUUCUCAAUUCAAAAAAUUACAAAUAACUAGUGAACCUAUUGUUUCUGUUAACGUAACAGAAGUAUUUGGAGAUCAAAGACUCAUAGUAGCUACUAAAAAUUCUAUUGUUAGCGUGAAGUUCAAUUAAAUUAAUUU